AAUUAAUUUGUUGCAGAACUCGAUAUUUGAGAAGUCAAUCUCUCUACCCUCUAGGAGUCACGUCUAGUACCUCCAACACAUUGCUUUCAAAGUUUCAUCAAGCAACGCAAACGGCGGGCUGCAGUAGUCGUGAGAGGUCUUUUUCGACAGCAAAAGACCCUUCUUCACUCCUGGCAUUGAUUCCCACACCUCAUCGUCUAUCUCGAAGUUUUUAUCAGAGUCCGUCAACAUGGCCGGCCGAAUUCCAGCCCUCUCCACCUCUGAUCUCCCAUCAGCAUCGCCACAGGAGGCUUCUGCGACCGCCUCACCCGCACGUGGAACUGCUAUGCUGAAUUCAAUCUUCAAAUCUGUCCGGGUACCCGAGUUCCGUUUCAGGUGGCAGUUCUGGGCAGAAAAGGGACAGCAAGCGCCAGCUACGAGCAGUGACCAGCAAGCGUCUGAAGAUUUUGCGUCACGCCCGAAACACCUCGGCGAGCAGAUCAUCAGCAUUAAGGAGUUUUAUCAGCACUUCAACAACAUUCCCACCGACCAGCUGAAGAUGCGUGACAGCAUCCAUCUCUUCCACGUUGGGAUCACGCCGGUGUGGGAGGAUCGACGGAACCUCCGCGGUGGAGCAUUCUAUUUCCGUGUGAAGAAGGAGCUUGCCGCAAAAUUCUGGCACGAGAUCUGCCUAUUGGCAGUUGGCGAUGUGCUUCAGAGUGCAGUGGAAACCAAGCGAGAUGCUUUCAAUGACGACAUCUGUGGUAUUUCAUACUCGGUUCGAUGGAACGCCGUUCAGAUCGCCGUCUGGAACCGCGACGCCGAUAACGAGGCCGGCAGGGAAAAGCUACUCGCAGCUAUCAUUGAGAAACUCAGCGAUGAUAUUAAGCCGCAAGACUCUUACUGGUACAAGGCGCACCGUGAGCACAAGGGAUUCGUAGCGCCCGAUGCAUCAUCAUAGCUGUUCGAACGGCCAAAAACUCUCGGCGACAUACGAUUUUAUGACAUCCUAGCAUCGAAGAGUUGAUUGAAUCCACUUUUGGACUUCACUUAGCAUAACCUCAUGAUGAGAUUCUCUUCCAAAUGAACCGGACCCUGAGGAUAGGACAACAUCAAUAGUUUAGUUCUCUAUAUGAAUAUUAUCAACAAAUAUUGAGAAGAAUGGUUUUACAUGACAUUCAGUGAUAGGGCAGUUUUGCGAUAUUUUGAUGUUGAAGAAAAAUCUAUAUACCACCUCCUACCUCUACUAAGAUUUUGACAUGACUCUCCUUAUCCUUUAUCAAAGCUUUGAUACCAUCCUCGACGAUGUUCUCCAGUUGUAUCUUACUAGUUAUCAUGUUUGCGGGUUGAAGAGUGCCUGGACCGU